AUGGAUCUCCCCAGCAGCGCGCCGACCGUUUCGACAAUGUCGUCGCCAGAACCCAUCCACGCCACCCCUCCCUCCUCAAGUCCCAUUCCGACCAUGACCGCGCCUGCGAAGCGCAAACGAACAUGUCGCGUCUACAGUCCUGACCAAGGUUCCCUCUACGAUCUCAUGUGGGAACACGCCGGCAUCUCUCUGUUCGUGCGCCCCAUCUGCUGGACCGACUUGCACGUUCGCCUUCUCGAUGCGCGAUUCGUCGAGCUUCCUCCUUCCAAUACUCCAGUUCCCCCUCAGUCACCGCGCGGCACCCCCGUCUCACCCUCAAGAUGCCAUAUGAAGCCUUCUCCAGCGGCAACAACCUUGAGCCGCGAGCUCACCAACAUGCUGGCCCCUGGAUCCAACAGAACCUUCUACACCAACUCGAUACGCACCGUCAUUUCGACCCUCUAUCCCGGUAAGCUGUCCCGCGCCAGGACACAGCUCGACCUCCACCAUUAUUUUGGUGGUCUAGUCUAUCGUGAUACUUGCCGCGUGCAAGUGGCUUGGGACGCGACACCGUCGCGUAGCGGCUCGAUCGCCUCAUUCGAAUCAGCAUCGACGCGUCCUGCCGAGUCUUUCGGUGUCCCUACAGGUACGAAUGGCAGCAACGGAGCCAGCAGUGGAAAUGCCAGCCAGCAACCGCCUUUCACUCAGCCAGUUCUGGCCUACAUCGGCAAAGCGUCGGUUGCCGCAACACGGCGUAACAUGUAUCGCGUGAUACCCGGCCCCAACCGUGCGUACAACGGACCAGUCGAGCGUUUGCAACAAUUGCGUUCCAAGAUGUUCAUCCCCCCCAACCCAAACCACGAUCCUCUUUUCGUCGGUAUCAUUCUUGCCCUGGCGCAGCGACGCUUCUAUGGGGAGCCCAAGCCUACCGCGAAUAAAUGGUUUCCCUCAAAGCCCCUGUCACUGGGGCUUGGGGAGCCAGAUUUCCACGACGUCACGGUUCACAUCUUGACCAACGACAACGACGCAUCCGAGUUCAUUGUGUACAAGGGUGUGGUGACAGCGGAACUGCUGCGCAAGUUCCACGAGCCAACCAAGAACCCCGGCGCCGGGGCUGGCAAGACGCUUGCUGAGAGGAUGGGGGAGGAGGCCAACGAGGGCGGCGGUAUCCGCAUCGAGUACGCCAGAGUGCCAGUCUGGCCAAUUUUGGGACUCAAGGAGCGGCUGGGCAAGGUUCUUGGGCAAGACAUUGUGGGACACUUCGACGAGGACAACAUGGAGACAUGGGAGGAAGAAGCGGAACAGAGCAGCGACAAGCUCAAGCGACGCCGAGAUCGCGAAGCCCUCGCCGAAGUGUUUAACGGCAGCUUCGACGAAGAGGCACCCGACGGUAUGCCUCUCAGUGGGAAACGGAGAUGUUUAGUUGACGAGGAAAGCGGGCAGGUGGGAGUAGUCGUCUAG